AUGGAUGUUCACAUUUUAACAUUCGUAGUUUGCUCCUUGCUGUUUUCGGCACUUUUUGGUGUGGCUGUGGGAAACUCACUCGACCACGGCUCCCCAUUCAACCACGGCUCCAUUGUUUACACCCGGGAUCAGCUGUUGGGCCUGCGCCACACACCCCUUCUCUGCGUGGAGCGGCCGGAGAUCCCCGAGGAGUUACGGAGGAGGAGAAGAGGAUGCAGAGCGGGAGUGAAGCGCAGGGAGCGGAAAAGACGGUUUAAACCAUGUUUACCGUCUGUCAUCAUGGGGAAUGUAAGAUCUCUCCCAAACAAGAUGGAAGAGUUGACGGCGCUGACCCGACUGCAGAGGGAAUACAGGGAAUGCAGCCUCAUGUGCUUCACAGAGACGUGGCUGACUGAACUUUCUCCGGACUCACACGUAAAUCUGGACGGCUUCCAACUCGUACGAGCGGACCGAAAUGCAACGGAGUGCGGUAAGAAGAAAGGAGGUGGGAUCGCUGUGUUGGUUAACGAUAGAUGGUGCCACCCGGCACACACCAGCGUGAAGGAGAUGCUCUGCACCAGAGAUUUGGAGCUGUUAGCGCUUCAGAUCGGAUCCACACAGUUAUCUCGCAUCUUCAAAGGCAGCACCCCCAAGCCCUCCUCCUCAUCUCCGAGGACUGUUAAGGAGUGGUCCGAGGAGACCAGUGCCAGGCUCAGAGACUGCUUCGAGACUACAGACUGGGAGGCACUCUGCAGCCCCCAUGGCACUGACAUUGACAGCAUGACCCACUGCAUUACGGAUUAUAUUAACUUCUGCGAGGAGAACACUGUGCCCUCCAAGCUGCAUGUGAACAAGCACAAGCCGUGGAUUGAGACAUCUUACCAUGGCGUGAUCACGGAGAACAUGGACACUGUACUGCUGGACCCCCCUCUGGUCGCUCUCGACAAGGAUGCCCCUGUCCCCUAUGCUGGGGAGAUUUGUGCCUUUAAGAUCUACGGUCAGGAUGCUCCAUUUGAGGCGGUGGUGUUGAAUCGCACAUCAGGAGAAGGGGUCCUGAGGGCCAAUAGCCCUGUGGACUGUGAGAGCCAGAAAGAGUACACCUUCAUAAUCCAGGCAUACGAUUGUGGGGCCGGACCCAGCGGGGCAGACUGGAAGAAAUCACACAAGGCGGUGGUUCACAUCCAGGUAGAUGACGUCAACGAGUUCUGUCCUGUGUUUCGAGAGCCACUGUACAAGGCGUCAGUAACCGAAGGCAAAAUAUACGACAGCAUUCUGCAGGUGGAAGCAUGGGACCAGGACUGUUCACCACAAUACAGCCAAAUCUGCAACUAUGAAAUUGUCACUGCAGGGACGCCAUUUGCCAUAGACCGCAAUGGUAACAUCAGAAACACAGAGCGUCUGAGCUACGACAAGCAGCAGAGCUACAAGAUCAUGGUGACGGCCUUCGACUGUGGUCAAAAGAGAGCAAAGGAAGAUGUGGCUGUGCAUAUUGAUGUCAAGCCUGUCUGCAAACCUGGAUGGCAAGGUUGGAACAAGCGGGUGGACUAUGAACCGGGAACUGGAAGCAAGCAGCUGUUCCCAAAGAUGCGCUUGGAAACCUGCGGUGGUCCCCUGUCCGGCGUGAGGGCGAUGGUGGAGCUGCAGACCAAUCACAUCGGGAAGGGCUGUGACCGCGAAACGUACUCUGAAAAGUCUCUGCAAAAACUCUGCGGUGCAGCAUCUGGCAGCACCGACCUCCUUCCUGCCCCCAGCCCUUCCACAAACUGGACAGCCUCUCUGCUGACUGACAGUGGGCGAGACAGUGACCUCAUCUACAGAUUUGACGGACGCCAGGCUGCCAAUGUUCCAGAUCACGUGGUGCCCCAAAAUCUAACAGACCAGUUCACCAUAGCAACGUGGAUGAAACACGGGCCCAGUCCGGGACUCAGAGCGGAGAAGGAAACCUUACUGUGUAAUUCUGACAAGACAGAGAUGAACCGCCACCAUUACUCUCUGUAUGUGCACAACUGCCGCCUGGUGCUCCUGCUCAGGAGAGACUUCACUCAGGUUGACACUUUCAGACCUGCCGAGUUCCACUGGAAACUGGAACAGAUUUGUGACAAAGAAUGGCAUUAUUAUGUUAUCAACGUGGAGUUUCCUGCGGUGACACUAUUUGUGGAUGGUGUGACCUACGAACCCUACUUGGUGACAGAUGACUGGCCAAUCCACGCCUCAAAGAUUGAUACACAGCUGACUGUGGGUGCCUGCUGGCAAGGUGGAGAGGUUGCCACCCCCAGGUUCACUCAGUAUUUCCAUGGCAGCCUGUCAGGUCUGACGAUCCGACCAGGCCGGAUUGAAACCCAGAAGGUUAUCUCGUGCUUGCAGGCCUGUAAAGAAGGACUUGAUAUCAACUCCCUCGAGAGCCUGGCUAAGGACAUAAAGUUCCAUUUCAACCCUGCCCAGUCUGUGCUGGUUGUGGAAGGAGAGGAUGUGGACAGCAUCAACACAGCCAUGACCAAGGUGUCCUACAUCAACUCUCGCCAGUUCCCCACCGCAGGCCUCCGGCGGCUGCACAUCACCACCACAGUGCAGUGUUUCGGGGAGGACACGUGUCUCUCCAUCCCGGACGUCAAGGCAGUGGUUAUGGUGCUGCCGCCCAGUGAACCGAGAAUCACAAUUACAGGAUCUAAUCGACUCGUCAGGCCUGCCGCUGACCUGCAGGGCCCGCUGGGUGUGGCACCCUUCAAGGAGCUUCACAUCACCAGCACCGUAAUGAAGGGAGGCAGCUUCGGUGGAUUCCAUAGGCCGGGUGUGACUGAGGUGAUGCACAACCUGGACUACUGUGACAUCCUGGUCAUUGGAGAGGAACUGAGCCCAGAGAGAGAGAGUCUGGAGAUUCAUCACAACGCUUUGUUGGGAAAACAUCUGGACGCCACCAACUCCACCUCUGGAAUUUCAAUAUAUGGUGUGGACUCCAUGGCUCACUAUGAGCAGGCGCUGAGGCAGGUGCGCUACAGGAACUGGCGACCUGCCACUCUGACUGAGCGCAGGUUCAGACUCACCUGCUCCGAACUCAACGGGCGUUACACCAGCAACGAGUUCAAUUUGGAGGUCGGUGUUCUCCACCACUCAGCGCCUGUGGAACAUGUCAAUCAUAUGGCAGCCCAGCCCCAGUACAUGAGACCUGUCCAUCGCCCGCUCAUGAUACACACUCCAAACUCACACAUGUCAGGAGCAGCGCCACCAGCAGCCACAGCAGUGAUCGUGGUUUGCAUCGCCGCCCUGGUUGUUAUUGUGGUGAUUGGUGUGUACAGGAUCCACGCCACACAUCAGGAGGGGUCCAGAGAGGACGAGGACGAGGUCAAGGACCCCGAGGGGGACUGGGACAAAUCUGCCCUCAACAUCACCGUUAACCCCAUGGAGAACGUGAGAGGAGCUCAAGCUGUGGACGAGGAGGUAAAAGAAGAGAAGCAGGUGGAGGAAGAGGAGGAGGAGGAGGACGAAGAACAAGGAUUGUCGAGUGCUGAGUCAGACAACAGUGACGAAGAUGAAGAGGAGGACGAGGAAGAGAGAGAGGAGAUGAAGAAGAGGAAGCAGAGGGGAAGACUUGAGUGGGACAGUUCCUCCAUAAAAUACUGA